AUGCAGUAUGUUAUUACACAGCUGGUCAUAAGCACUCCGCCCGAUAUUGUUCAGCCUGCAGUGGUAGUCUCUGUGGACGGGGUCGAGCACAGGUACACGACGGAAAGCGUUUUGGGGCGAAAAAGGAAGGCCUUUAUCGAGUUGGACGAGUUCUGGCUGAUAUACACUGAUGGUAUACACAUGGAGGCCACAGCCAAGACCUGCAUAAGCAUAGUAAACAGCGGGAUAAUAGUGGGGUCAAUUGCACUGAGCCGGAUACCGCUGGGGAUAGGGAGGUACUACAAAAAGGACUUCAGCAUACAAAGGUACCUGCCAAACAACCUGUUCCUGGACAUAAUAGUCGAGGAGGGCGCGGUCUCUGCAAUGACCGCCGUGGACCCUGGAGUGGCCGAGUCCCUUAAAAGGCUGGCCAUUCUCUCCUCCGCCCUCGAAAGAAGCAGGCUUUCCAUUCGGACAGACAGCUUUUCCCCGGAAACUACCAGCGAAAGCAGAGCUGCAGGCAGCAGCACAGCCCUGAGUGAAGCCCGAAAUGGGCCUUCUUCUGGGGGCAGUGCAGGAGCUGGCAGAUCUUCUGUGCCUGAAAUUACCGGAAGAGGGCCCUUGCCCAGAAGCUCUGGAGCGUCUGGAAUCCGGGAAGGAAGCAGUUUGCACUCCGCCGCUGGUCCUGCAGGGGAUGUUCUGGGCAAAAAAUGCGCGCUCCCGCCUCCGUCUGUCUCUGGGAAUGCCUCUUCAGAAAAGCCUGGGGCAAGUCCUCGCAAGCUGCCGCCUCCGCCAGGAAUGAUCGUGCGUCCUGCAGUGUCGCAGAUGGAGGGCGUGGAUCUUUCCAGCAAAACUGUCUUUCCGCGUGUUGGGUGGAACACGGUCUUGUCCGCUCGGGGGACUGUGUACGAGAGCCCUGGGAAAGACGCUGCUUUGGAGGGGCGCUGGAAGGAGAUAGAGGACGAGUUCAAGCGGAAGUUCUGCAUAAAAAGGGCCCCGCAAAAAGCGGAGGUCUACAAGAAGGAGCGCCCUGUGAAGGCCCAGACAAUUCUCUCGGAGAAGCAGGAGUUUCUUCUUUCAAUUGUUUUUGAGUCUACAAGAAAGAGCAAAGUCUCUCUCAACAGGGUCUCCAGAGAGCUAAAUGCGUGGAUAGACGCAGAAACGCCGCCCUCGUGCAUAGACAGCAUAGUGAAUUUGUCCAACGUCUUUCCCUCUGCGAAGGACUGCGCCAAAAUUCUGGACGCGUCGCAUCCCCUGACAGAGGUCGAGGAGAAAGUGAAGGCAAUUCUCCAGAGCAACUGCACGCAGGGAAAGUUCCUUCUGAUUAAGUAUGUGCAGUGGGCAGACCCUUCUUUAAGCAUUCUUAUUUCCACGCUGCGGGGCGUCAAAGAGUCGCUUGCCUCUAUCCAGAAAGACCGAGAAUUCCCCGUUUUCAUGGCUCUGCUGCUGCGGCUGGGGAAUCUAGUGAACUACAAGUACGCAGAAACCUCGAGCAAGUCUCCUGCGAUGGGAUUUAGUCUUUCCUCUGUAUGUGCAUUUUCAAGGUGCUCGUCCGAGCCUGUGAGCGACGAAGUGUGCAAAAUGUCUCUUCUUGAGUUUUUAAUUCUGACAGUGCGGGACAAAAUAGACUUUAAUAAGAUGAUGGGCCUGUACACGACCUUCAGAAAUAUACACUUGAAGUCCCUAAAAGACCACUACAUCAUGAUCAGGUCGGGGUACGACAGCGUCUCUGUGCUGGACAGCUUCCCUGGGAAAGAGGAAAGAAUGCACCGCAUAUUUCUGCUAAUAAGAGAGUGCGAGUACCUUAUAUCAGAGAUUGAUAGCACCCUCUUUAUGCUGUCAAAGUCGUAUGCAGACACUCCAGAGUGCAUAGUAAAGAAUAUGGUCGAUGCGUUUGAUUGCAUAGAAAAAUACAGCUACCUGUUUCAGUGA